ACUAUGGAACGGAAUUAAAAACUUAAUCUGUUACCUAGCAGGAUUCUUUAUGAUAGUCAAACAAAUGCGAAAGGAAUCUAUCCGGCUGCUUGUCUUUUACAAAUAUGACAUUUUGUAUACUGAAACAUAGGAAUUCCCCCAAUUCAAUUCACCUGUUUGAACAAAUCUGAACAUGCCAAGCGGCUAGUAUUUUGCAAGACACCUAAGCCAAAAGCAUACGUUGGCACUCAUAGGUGGCUCUCAGAGGAUGAGAUUUCUACCUACUUCCGGUUUCUAUGUUUUUGGUUUAUUAGGCUGCCUUCAAAUGAUCAACAAUUCUUGAAGAAUACCGUAGAUAAAAUACAUUAAAAAUCUGUUGCAGCUGAAUUUUUCAGACUAUGGAUGGUUGGGAAAGACUGAAGGUUGUAGAGGAUUCCUCUUGCAAUGGAGUGUUCCAUCUUAUAUUGAACCGCCCAUCUCAUAGAAAUGCUCUGGAUAGUCAUUUCUACAGGGAGUUUCCUAAGGCACUUGCAACCUUAGAUGAAAACCCAUCAGUGAGGGUCAUUAUUCUUACUGGCUCGGGCAAGCAUUUCUGUUCUGGAAUUGACCUUUCUGUAUUGGGCGCCAUGUUAAAAUCCCAGGCCCCAGAUGAUGGCAAUGAUCAGGGAAGGCUUAGAGAAAAGCUGAGAAGAAAUCUUAAAUAUAUGCAGUCAGCAAUCACAGCUUUGGAGAUAUGCAGGAAACCUGUGAUUGCCGCCAUCCAUGGGGGCUGUAUAGGAGCAGGGGUUGACAUUAUUACUGCCUGUGAUAUUAGGUAUUGUAGUCAAGAUGCCUUUUUCUGUGUCAAGGAGGUUGAUUUGGCAAUCACCGCUGAUUUGGGCACUUUACAGAGGUUACCCAGAUUGGUUGGAGAAGGGAAUGCCAUGGAGUUAUCCCUGACAGGCAGAAAGUUUGAUGCUUCUGAGGCUAAGGUAUUGGGUCUGGUUUGUAAUGUUUUUCGUUCAAAGGAGGAUAUGGAGGCAGCGGUAGGUAUUAUAGCUGGGGACCUUGCUGCUAAGUCUCCACUUGCUGUCGUGGGAACCAAAGCUGUUCUAUUGAAGUCCAGGGACAUCACUGUGGAUCAAGGCUUGGAUUAUGUUGCUACAUGGAAUGCUGCAAUGCUUUUGUCUGAUGAUUUGAAGGAGGCCCUCACUGCUCAAUUGGGGAAGAGGAAACCCGCCUUUGCAAAACUGUAAGUUUGUCUGAUGAAAUGGAUCCUUCCUUUACCUCUGGUAUUCAGGGAUAACUAUUUCUGCACUGGAUUUUUAAGGAGUUGAGCUUGUUACUUUCAUUUGGACCUGUGUAACAAGAGCUCCACUUUUAAUUUCCAUUUUGACUAGAUGAAGUUGGAAUUUCAAGGCUGUUUGCUCAGCAAGCAUCUGUGAGGAUCCUAAAACAUUAGACUCGAUGAUAUAUGUUAUUGUCUGUGUUGUAUAUAGAUUUGAAAUAAUGCCUCCUCAAACUUUA